GCCAAUCACCGACUGUGACCUUUGAACUAUCCAGAGAGAGCGAGAGAGAUCGAGAUCGAGAUCUAAGUCCUGAAAUCCUUCUUUCACAUUUCAUUCUCUAACAAAAUAGUCCCCUUUUUUUUUCCCCACCUUUUCACUCUUCCAUUUCCACACAAACCUCAAAAAUCACAUUUUUGGUGUUCUUGAAAACAUGUUUUCACUACUCCAAGCUAGCCUGGAUAACUUGGAGAGAUCCACGCUUGUUCUUCCCGCCACCAUGCUCACUAAACCCAACCAAAAGAGAUGGCACAUGGCAUUUGCUGCCAUCUACUGCUCUAGGGCCUUCUCUACCACCCUCUUGAAAAAACCCAGAAAGAAAUCCCCUGUCUCAUCAAACAGAGUACUAUUCAUUGAUGUUUUCGAACCGCACCCCUGCUUUCCGAAAAUCGAUCCAUCGGUCCUUGCGGGAAUUGUGAAGCAGAAAAACCUGGACCGGCUUGGGAAGUGCGACGGGGUCGAGGGACUGGCUUGCGGUCUCGAAACAAAUUUGGAGAAUGGGAUUAGCGGGGAUUCCGAGGAUGUUUCGCGACGAAGCGAAGCGUUUGGAUCGAACACUUACCAAAGGCCGCCGAUGAAAAGUUUGUGGUAUUUUGUGUGGGAGGCUUUGAGAGAUCCAACCAUUUUGAUACUUUUAGUAUGUGCUGCGCUUUCGCUUGGAUUUGGCAUCAAGGAACAUGGCCUGAAGGAUGGAUGGUACGACGGAGGAAGCAUAUUUGUUGCAGUCUUUCUGGUCAUAGCAGUCUCAGCACUGAGCAAUUUCAGGCAGAAUAAACAGUUCGUUAAGUUAUCCAAAGUAAGCAACAACAUCCAAGUCGACGUCGUGAGGAACGGAAGGCGGCAACAAGUUUCCAUUUUCGAGAUUGUCGUGGGAGAUGUGGUUUGCUUGAAGAUUGGUGACCAAGUUCCGGCCGAUGGGUUGUUCAUCGACGGGCACUCGUUGCUAGUAGAUGAAUCCAGCAUGACUGGGGAAAGCGACCACGUCGAAGUUGAUCUUACACAGAACCCAUUCUUGCUCUCUGGCACCAAGGUAGCUGAUGGGUUUGGUCGGAUGUUAGUCACCUCAGUCGGAAUGAACACAACAUGGGGAGAAAUGAUGAGCACAAUUAGCAAUGACUCCAACGAACAAACCCCUCUUCAAUCCAGGCUCAACACACUCACCUCAUCCAUCGGGAAAGUCGGUUUACUCGUCGCUUUCUUGGUCCUCGUCGUCUUACUAAUCCGGUACUUCACCGGAAACACACAAGAUGAAAAUGGGAACACAGAGUACAAUGGCACCAAGACCAAAGCCGACGACAUCAUAAACUCUGUUGUUGCAAUCAUAGCUGCUGCAGUGACUAUAGUGGUCGUCGCGAUUCCAGAAGGGUUGCCUUUGGCUGUGACUCUCACUUUGGCUUACUCGAUGAAGCGGAUGAUGAGUGACAACGCCAUGGUUCGCAAGCUCUCUGCUUGCGAAACAAUGGGUUCGGCCACCACUAUUUGCACGGACAAAACCGGAACUCUCACACUUAACCAAAUGAAGGUGACAAAGUUCUGGCUUGGCCAGGACUUCGUAAACGAAAAUGGUUCCUCUUCUCUUGCAGCCAGUGUGGUUGAAUUGCUACACCAAGGUGUUGGUUUGAACACGACUUGUUCAGUUUACAAGUCCAUUUCCGGGUCUGAGUUUGAGUUCACUGGUAGCCCUACGGAAAAGGCAAUUCUUUCUUGGGCUGUUUUGGAACUGAACCUGGAUAUGGAGGGACUUAAGCAGAGUUGUGAGACUGUACAUGUUGAAGCAUUCAACUCAACGAAGAAAAGAAGUGGCAUUUUGAUGAGGAAGAAGGGUGAAAACACGAUGAGUGUGCACUGGAAAGGGGCAGCAGAGAUGGUACUGGCAAUGUGCUCGAAUUACUACGAUGUCUCUGGAAACAUCAAGGUUUUGGAUGAUUUUGAAAGGAAGAAAUUUGAUCAAAUAAUCCAAGGUAUGGCUGCUAGUAGCCUACGGUGCAUCGCUUUUGCACACAAGCAAGUUCCAGAACAAGAAAAUGAAGAGGGAAAAAUCCAUAUAGAGGAAAACUGUUUAACCCUUUUGGGGCUAGUUGGUUUGAAGGAUCCGUGUCGCCCGGGUGUGAAAAAAGCGGUGGAAGAGUGUCAAUACGCAGGAGUGAACGUGAAAAUGAUCACGGGUGACAAUAUUUUCACGGCUAGAGCGAUAGCAACCGAAUGUGGGAUACUCAAGCCUAACCAGGACAUGGAAAGUGGAGCAGUGGUAGAAGGGGUGGAAUUCAGGAACUACACACCAGAGGAACGAAUGGAGAAGGUUGAUAAAAUAUGCGUGAUGGCGAGAUCUUCUCCAUUCGACAAACUCCUAAUGGUACAAUGCUUGAGACAAAAAGGGCACGUGGUGGCAGUCACAGGUGACGGAACCAACGAUGCGCCAGCACUGAAAGAAGCCGAUAUAGGCCUUUCGAUGGGGAUACAGGGGACCGAAGUGGCGAAAGAGAGCUCCGACAUUGUCAUUUUAGAUGACAAUUUCGGGUCCGUGGCCACUGUUUUAAGGUGGGGGAGAUGUGUUUAUACCAACAUUCAAAAGUUCAUUCAGUUCCAGCUCACUGUGAAUGUUGCUGCCCUUGUCAUCAACUUUGUUGCCGCGGUUUCAGCCGGAGAGGUCCCACUUUCCGCGGUUCAAUUGUUAUGGGUUAACUUGAUUAUGGACACAUUGGGAGCAUUGGCUUUAGCAACUGAAAAACCCACAAAGGAGCUAAUGGAGAAACCACCAGUGGGUCGAACAAAGCCUCUCAUAACCAACGUUAUGUGGAGGAACUUGCUCUCUCAGGCAGCUUAUCAAAUCGCGGUCCUGCUUACAUUACAAUUCAAAGGCGAAGCGACCUUCAAUGUGAGUUCGAAAGUCAACGACACUAUGAUCUUCAAUGUUUUCGUACUGUGUCAAGUGUUCAACGAAUUCAACGCGAGGAAACUCGAGAAGAAGAAUGUGUUUGAGGGAAUUCACAAGAGCAAGUUGUUUUUGGUGAUUGUUGGAUUGACGAUUGUGCUUCAAGUGGUGAUGGUGGAGUUCUUGAAGAAGUUCGCGGAUACGGAGAGGUUGAAUUGGUGGCAGUGGGGAGUUUGUGUUGGGUUUGCUUCAGUUUCUUGGCCUAUUGGAUGGACUGUGAAAUGGAUUCCUGUUCCAGAGAAGCCAUUUCUCAGCUAUCUCAAAUGGGGGAAUUCAAAAGCUGUGUGAAUAAGAUCAGUUAGGUUUUCGGUGUUUGAUUAUGUCGUUGGUCUCGGGAGUUUUUCAAAGGGAAGGGGAGUUCAAGUUCUUUAAUGUGUAAAGAAUUACAGUAGUUUAUUUUAUUUAGAACUAUACAUCUCUUUAUUAUGGAACUGGAGAAAUACAGUUGUAUUUAUUGGAAUAUUUAUCAUAGCAUAUUUCCUUACUCUUUGUAAC